AUGAGAGUCAAAUCAAACAUCUUCGCCUGGGCCAUAGUCCUGUUCGCCUGCCUGCUGAGGAGCAGUGAGGCAGUCACCUGUACCGCCGAUCCCACUGUAACAGGAUGUAUUGACUGUACCACCAGUCCAUCGGAUGCAGAGUGCGUGGCAGAAGCAGCGAACGAAACCACCUCUACUGUGGCUCCCGUAGUAUCGACAACUCCGGCUACCGCUGCGGGCGGUACAACUCCUUCCACUGCCGCCACUGGUGCGACCACCCCUGCGGCUGGUUCCGAUGUCGCUGACACAGACAGCACCACAAGCAGCACCAGCAGCGGCAGCAGCGGCAGCACCAACAAUGCGGCUGCCGCCAGGAGGAGGAGGAAUCGUCGUCGUCGUCGCCAGCGCCAGCGCGCCGCUAGGAGGAGGGCAGCCAGGAGGCGCGCAGCCAGGAGGAGGAACAACAGGAGAGGUUAAGCGAGAGAUGUACAUCUCAUCCUGAAUUUUAGAUACCCUUUCCCAAGGAUAC